AUGUCUUGCGUCUUUCUCAGUUUGCAGGGUUGUCAGCUUGAAAACAGCACCGGUUUCAUAACCAUCCAAGCCUCGUUCUCAACCUGCCUCAAGAACCUCGACUUGAGAUUCGUCCAUGGUGAUGCUUCCAAAAUCUUCAGCAGAGCACUUCCACGCAUGCGUCAACUGGAAGCACUCGGACUGGACAACAUCCCGUCAUGCUGUUCGGCCAUGUUUCAUUUCCUGUGUAACCUCAAGGUUUUCUAUUGUCAAAAUUGCGCGUCAAUAACAGAUGAAGACCUAGAGGGUCUAGGAAUUAAUUGCCAUGAAUUAGAAUCCCUAAGUUUAUCCGGCUGUGCGUACAUCACUGGGAAAUUCCUUCCUGGCUUAGUUCGCGGCUGUCGAAAACUAAAAACCCUUCUCCUUAGCUGCACAAGAAUACGAAAUCAAUACAUCCGGGAAACCAACUGGACUGAUGCCAUGGUAACAGAAUUGGACAUUUCAUAUUGCUAUGGCAUUACCGAGGAGGGAUUGUUGGUCCUUUUACCCAGUCUCACUCAACUGAAAUAUUUGCAAAUUUCGUUUUGCGGCUGGGGACGAGCGCUUAGUGAUAACGUCAUUGCUGCUAUGGCGUCGCACAUUGGCCAGAGUCUUGAAACGCUGGAUAUUCACAGCAGUUUCAACCUAUCUGGUCAUGCGUUGUGCAGCCUUCUUGAUAAAUGCCCAUCCAUGACUACUCUCUGUGUUGGAAGCGCUAUAAACUCUGACGUCGAGCUUGAAUGCUCACUUCAAUGCCUCCCAAAGUUGAAAAACUUCUUCAUUACUAAGCAAUCUAUAAUCAAAACAGAAACUGUAUUCAAUUUGAUUUCAAAAUAUUGCAAAGACAUCGAAGUGCUUGCGUUGUACAAUUUCUACGCCAUUAAUCGUCCAAAAGUGGAAGAAAGCUUAGUGAAUCUGGUUCGUACUUGCACCAGUUUGAAGACGUUGUGUGUUCGAGGGACAAAUGUACCGCUGCGCACUGAACUCGCAGCGCUUGCAGCCAUGGCGAAGGUCGUAUCUGGACGUAGGGAUAUUAACAUUUGUAGGACGCCCCAUAUGCUGUUGUCAGGCCCUAUGAAUAGCCUUGAUAACGUCAUUAGAGCUGAGUUUAAAAUAACUUCAAAUGUAUCAUAAAACGUC